AACCUCCGCUUUCGAAGCGCUUUGAUUUCUCUCCUCUUUUUCUCAUCGCUUUUCUCGCCUUCGAUUUUGAGCCACCGGAGAACGAAACCCUAGAAACGAGGGGGAGGGAUCGGAAUAGGCCUUGCAGGCCCAAUCUCUGAUAAGCUUUGUAAGCAAGAGUUGCUUGGGAGCUCACCAAGAGAAUCCCAAAAUGGUGGCCUCCAUCGCUGCCUCUGCCUUCUUCCCUGCUGCCUCGUCCUCCUCUGCAUCGUCUGCAAAGCCCUCCAAGACUGUUGGUGGGGCCCCUGAAAGCCUGGAUGUCCGUGGCAUCGUAGCCAAGCCUGGUUCGUUGUCCUCCGGUGGCUUGCAGGUCAAGGCCAAUGCUCAGGUUGCUCCCAAGAUCAACGGGACUAAGAUAAGCUUGAAAACUGAUACCCAAAAGGGUGAGGAUGAAGCCUCCUAUUCGGCCCCGAGGACAUUCUACAACCAAUUGCCUGACUGGAGCAUGCUGCUUGCUGCCAUCACAACCAUCUUCUUGGCAGCAGAGAAGCAGUGGACCCUCCUUGAUUGGAAACCAAAGAGGCCUGACAUGCUUACAGAUGCGUUUAGCCUCGGGAGAAUGGUUAAUGAUGGGCUUGUCUUUAAGCAGAACUUUUCUAUACGGUCUUAUGAGGUUGGGGCUGAUCGCACAGCGUCUAUAGAAACGUUAAUGAAUCAUCUGCAGGAGACGGCACUUAAUCAUGUCAAGAUCUCAGGGCUCAUGGGAGAUGGAUUUGGUGCUACACAAGAGAUGAGUCGACGAAAUUUAAUAUGGGUCGUGACCAAAAUGCAGGUUCUUGUAGAACGCUAUCCUACAUGGGGAGAUGUUGUUGAAGUAGAUACUUGGGUUGCGGCCUCUGGUAAAAAUGGGAUGCGCCGAGAUUGGCAUGUUCGUGACUGCCAAACAGGCCAAACUAUCAUGAGGGCUUCCAGUGUCUGGGUGAUGAUGAACAAAAACACGAGGAGACUGUCUAAAAUGCCAGAAGAAGUUAGAGCUGAGAUAGAGCCCUACUUUUUAGAACGAUCUGCUAUCAUCGAUGAAGAUAGCCGGAAGCUUCCUAAGCUUGAUGAUGAUACUGCUGAUUAUAUUAGCAAGGGGUUGACUCCAAGGUGGGGUGAUUUGGAUAUCAAUCAGCAUGUCAACAAUGUUAAAUAUAUCGGGUGGAUUCUUGAGAGUGCACCAAUCUCCAUCCUGGAGAAUCAUGAACUUGCUAGCAUGACACUGGAGUAUAGGAGGGAGUGCGGAAGGGACAGCGUGCUACAAUCCCUCACUGCCGUCUCUGACACCGGCGACACUCUGAUGGACUCUGGCAUCGAAUGCAAGCAUCUGCUGCGGCUGGAAUGCGGGGCCGAGAUUGUGAGGGGACGGACAGAGUGGAGGCCGAAGCCAGUUGCCGAACAUGUGGAGGCAGGGUUUACUCCAGCUGAGAGUGCAUGAAAGUCCAAAUUCUCUUCUCUCAUUAUUCAUUGCUUGCAAUUCAAAGCUUAGAUUUUGGUCCUCU